AACAUGUCGGACCAUGACUACGCUUUCAAGGUUCUUGUUUUGGGAGAUAGUUCCGUUGGAAAAUCCAGUCUGAUUAGAAGAUUUCACUCAAAUGUUUUUGAUCAACGACUUCCUACGACUAUUGGAGUCGACUUUUUUAUCCACGACCUGGAAGUAGACGGGAAGAAAGUCAAGCUUCAUUUGUGGGACACAGCAGGUGAAGAGAGAUUCAGACAAAAUGGACUGACCAGCUCCUAUUACAGGGGUGCUCAGGGCGCACUCAUGGUGUUCUCUCUGUCAUCACGCAAAUCAUUUGAAAAUAUCCAGACUCACUGGUUGGAGGAAUUUUACCAGAAGAGCAGUGGAUCAGAUACAGUUACAGUUUUAGUGGGUAACAAAUGUGACUUGGAGGAUAAAAGAGAAGUUGAUGAAGAUGACAUAAGGGAAUUUGCAGAGUUGAAUUCCAUGUGUUGGUUAGAAACAAGUGCCAAAGACUGUACUAAUGUGAAAGAAGCUUUUGAAACAAUGGCUUACAAACUGUGUGAGAGCCAUGAGCAGUAUCUGUCAUUUUCAUCAGAGAACAGCAUUGGACCAAGUAGUUUUACCCUUCAUGGAGCCUAUGGUGUGCCUGAACAAACAGAAGGCUAUUGUUCUGGUUGUACUUCAACAAGUUAACUACAGUUAAAUGAUUACAGUGUUAAAUGAUUGUUUGUCUUGUCACAACUGAGAAUAGCAUAGGGGAGAUUCUGAUCCUGUUUCUUGCAUAAAUUUUAGAAAAUUCAUGUGUCACUUAUUUAAAAAAAAGAAACAAAAUCUCUGUUCUUGUGUUCAAGGUUUCAGUGAAAUCUUGAGGUUUCCAUAAAAUAAAAGAACAAAUUCAGGA